AUGGAGGCCCUUCGGUGGCUGCUCCUCCUCUGGCUGCUCCAGCACGGUGACCAAAGGGGACUCUGGAGAUGAUGUGGAUCCCAUGAUGUAGUUGGGGUUCUUCAGGAAUCCAUCCUCCUGCCCUUGGAAAUACCAUCCAAUGAAGAGGUUGAGAGCAUCAUCUGGUCCUCCUCCACGGAGCUUGCCAAGAUAGUGCCCCGGACCGAGGCACAUCCAAGCACCUUCACUUUGUAUGACCUGCGCUACCAGGACCGCGUGGAUCACCUGGACCCCAGCUAUUCCCUGCGUAUCAGCAACCUGAGCAUGGAGGACGCAGGGCCUUACCAAGCACAGGUCAACCUAAGGACAUCCCAGCUCGUCAUCCUACAGCGCUAUGAACUCCACGUCUACUGGCGCCUGUCAGAGCCCCGGAUCACUGUGAACAUGGAGAUCUUGGGGGACAUCUCCUGCAAUGUGUCCCUGACAUGCUCUGUGGAGAAGGCAGGCCAUGAUGUGACCUACAGCUGGGUGUCCCUGGAGGACGGCACCAACACCACCCACGAAGGCUCUGUCCUCAACAUGUUCUGGAGGCCUGGGGACAAAGCCGUUUCCUACACCUGCAAGGCCAACAACACUGUCAGCAGCAUCAGCUCUCGUCCCAUUUCUGGCAGACUCCUCUGUGCAGAUCCAGGCUGUCCUUCCCAGAAGGCUGGAGGGCCCUUCUGCAUCCUGGCCAAAGGGCUGCUCCUCCUGGUGCUGUUGGCGAUGCUGGCCGCGGGGCUCUGGCUCAGCCGGAGCUGGGUGAGACGUGAGAUGCCGGAGGGGAAGAAACUCAGGAGAAAUAGAAUGAGGCUGAGAAAGAAGGACAAGCUGGGCCCUAGCCUGCCCUGAUGCCCCUGG